CAUCAGAAUCAAAACCCUUCAUGGGUGGACGAGUUUCUCGACUUCUCAUCCGCUAGGCGGGGAGCUCACCGUCGGUCUGUCAGCGACUCCGUUGUGUUCCUAGAAUCGCCAAUGCUCGAUGAUUGCAGCGGGAAAAAUGGUGAAAAUGAAAACAACAUUAAUGAUGAUGACCAUGAGUUCGACAAGUUUGAUGAUGAACAGUUUAUGUCCAUGUUCAACGAUGAAAUAGCUGGUGUGCAUAACAUGCCGCCGAUAUUGUCCUCGUCGAAUGCUUCGAGUCCUUCUGAUCAGAACUUUGUCAACAAUGAGAAUGAGAAUGAGAUGAUAAAUAAGCAAGAAGAGAAGAAGGAGAGUGAUUUGAGAGAGAUGAAGAAAGAGGAGGAUGAUGAGAAGCAAUUGAAAAAUGAACCUGAUGAGGUUGAAAGCCAAUGCAAACAGGAAAACUCACAGCCUCAAAAUAAUAACAACAACAAUUCAUCUUCUUCUAAUGACAGAAUUACCGAUCCUAAGAGAGUUAAAAGAAUCUUGGCGAAUAGGCAAUCGGCGCCAAGAUCGCGAGUGAGGAAGCUGCAAUACAUAUAUGAGCUUGAACGAAGUGUAACUUCAUUGCAGGCCGAAGUUUCAAUACUUUCUCCACGAGUUGCAUUUUUGGAUCAUCAGCGUUUGCUUCUUAAUGUUGACAAUAGUGCUCUCAAGCAAAGAAUUGCAGCUCUUGCUCAAGACAAGAUUUUCAAAGAUGGGAGGCUGAAGGAUCUUAUACUCCGACUAAGCUUCGUAGGAAUGCAUCAGCCUCUGCAAAUAUUAGCAACCUUGGUUCGCAAAGCAAUCCUACAAACUCAGUUAGCUAGUCAUCCAGUUGCAUGUCGUCUCAUGCUGGAAGAGAAGGAAUGUGUUUGUGACAUGACAUUGAAUUUGGUGCAACCCAAAAACCACCAGAGAUGUGAUGAUGGAGUAACAGAUAGAGAUAUAUUUUGGACUCAUCGUGAUUCCAUAAAGUUGUUCAACAUGUUUCCCAAUGUGCUCAUAAUUGGUUCGACGUAUAAGACCAACAAGUAUAGGCUUCCAUUAUUGGAAAUUAUUGGUGUUACCUCUAAUGAGAAGACUUAUUCUUCCGGGUAUGCAUUUCUAGAGUGCGAAAAAGAGGACAACUUUGCUUGGGCUUUAGAGGUAUCACACUACAAAGAAUGUGAGAAGUCGGGUUAA